CGUUCAUUGAUAUUCUCGCACUUUUCUAACGCAUGCUUAUCAAUCCUGUCGCGUAUCAUCGUGUCAAACGAACUGUCACGCGAACGUAGUAUUGUAAGUAAUUUCGUCAUGGUACAGUUCGAUCGCGUGUGCCAUCGAUUAUUUUCGAUUCCUGAAUAAAUUAGUUUCGUUGCAUGUAUCGAUACUCUUUUCAAAAAAAUAAUACACAGUCCAUGAUACGAUAUGUAGUAGCGAUUUUCAACGAACGAUAAAAAAUUGAAUGGUAUGCGAGAUAAUAGGGAAUACUUUUCUAUUGCUGUUUAAAUUAUUCUCAUUCGAGUAAUGAGCAAUUAAGGUUAAUAACAGAGAGCUUAUGUAAUAAAAAACAAAAGUGACAUUUACCUUUAAUCGUGUUUCGAUGUCAAUACGAAUGUCAUCGGUCAAUGACAAUUAUUUGUGCUACUUUUCAUCGUUCAAUAUGUUUGAACUUUUUUAAAUAUUUAACCGCACCAUAUAUUAGUAUAUGUACAGAUGUAUCAAUUAAUCCUUGCUUCUAUUUAAUGCAAGCUAUGCUAUGAUAUUGGAGUCCAUUUUUUCGUGCACGAAUCUAACGCUAACAUGCGGUUCGUCAAUUUACAUCUUGAUAAGACACUCUUACGCUCAGUAUUCGAAAUUAUUAACACACGUUGCGUGUGCCUGUGCCAGUAUCGCUAUGAUUGGUUCUCGAUCAUUGAUCGUUCUUGUGUACAAACUUUUCUUUAAGGAUUAUACGUUUGAUCCGUUUAUGAUGCAGCUGGAGGAAGAAAGGAACAAAGAACGAUUCAACGUUAUAGACGAGAUCUUUCGAACCUUGAGCAUGGCCGGCUUAAUUUAUUCUUUGUACUCCUGUCAUGGAUAUUACGCGCUCGGCGCCUGUGUUGUAACCAGCUUAUCAAUUUUAGACUUGUUCAAACUGUACAGAAUAAAGAAGAAACAGACAGAGGAAAUGGAAAUGUCGCGUUUCUACGAUAAUUCAAGUGAAACAAAAACAACCUACGAAUCAAGGCUUAACAUAUUCAAUUGGGUAAUUCUUGGUGGGAGUUUCGCGUAUACGGUAGGUAAUAAUUACGCUAUAGUAGCAAAUUAUCCUCUGCUCCUGGCGAAUUGGGCGCUAUCUCCGGAAGGGUUUUAUCAAGGAUGGACCAUGCGACGUACCAUUAACGAUUACUUGAUGGCAACUUACGUCAUGUGCAUGACGGAAGCUUUACGACAAGCUGGCACGUCAUAAAAAUGUUUCUCUCUCUCUCCCUCUCUGUUCCUAUCUGCUUAAUUUACAUAUACAUUUAUUGCAACGUAUACAUUUCUUGUAAUUAUUUAAAAUGUUGCUACGUUGUAUAUGAAAUUAAUAAUUCCUCUCUCUUUCUGCUUAAUAAUUUUUCAAAGUUACGUAGAGACAAUACGAAGCUAACCCGCGAGAUUUAUCCGCGAGACUGCCGUCUUGCGUCAUGAAUAAAGUACGCCAGGCGAGCAAGCGAGGGGAAGUUUUCGACAAAGUUGUUCAGUAUGCGUCCAAACCAAGUGAGAUAGAAUCUGUGAGCAUCUUUAAUCUUGCCAAAAAAACCGACAAAUCGGGCUCGCCCCUAGGCGACACCAAACUCGUCCCAAAUUUGUCUCGUACUAUGCGUAUAUGCCUUUGAAAUUGCGUAUUUUUUUUUUUAAACACACAAUAGUAUUUUUUCAAUGAAAUUCAAAAUAGACAAUUUUUAUUCAUAUUUUCAACAUAAUCGUUAAUCAUUGUAAAGUAUUCUCUACGAACUUUGUGUAUGUUUUAAAUUGUUAUCUGACUUGAAUACAAAAUUCUAACCGACUAAUCGUUUCUCGUGUUUUAUAAAAAAUCACUGUUAAACCGUUGGAGAAUAACUUUAGAAAUGUAUAAACGUUAACAAACUGUAUAAGGUAAAUCUAUUUUAUUAUAAGAGAUAAAAUUUGUCAUG